CGCAAGGAGUUGGAAUUCCCUGUGAAAUAAUCUACGUUUUUUCUUCUCUCUUACUAAGUUCGCUGCUUGUCUUGGCACAGUGCGAAGCUGGAUGUGUGUUCUCCAUGCAGGCCAAGAAGCGUUACAUUUUGGUGACUUUCAGCGGAGUUUUACUGCUCUUGUUUUAUUACGGUGGAUUGCAUAUGCUAAACAGUGUGAAUCGGCCAAAUGUAGAUUCCAAAUUAUCGAGUCUUCAAUCGUUUAUGGACACGGAUGAUGUCCAUUAUGACCGAGAUCUUCACAUAUCACCAAGACAGAGGAGAGAAGCGAGGACUAACCUCUAUAAAAAUCGUAAAUGUCGGAUGGAAACAUGUUUUGAUUUUUCUUUGUGCAAGAAUGACUUCAAAGUUUAUGUGUACCCAACGCAAGAAGGGAACAAAGUUAGUGAAGCCUACGACAAGAUUUUGAGUGCUAUUCGCGAAUCGAGGUUUUAUACCUCCGACCCGAAGAAAGCAUGUUUAUUCAUACCUUCCAUAGACACUCUAGAUCGUGAUCACCUCAGCCCCGAUUACGUAAAAAAUGCCCAAUCUAAAAUUCAAUCGCUGCCUCUUUGGAACAAUGGCCAAAACCAUCUUAUUUUCGUUCUUUACUCCGGUACAUGGCCAGAAUACUCAGACUUGGACCUAGGCUUUGAGCUCGGGCAGGCUAUGUUAGCCAAAGCAAGCACGACAUCUAUUAAUUUUAGACCGGGAUUCGAUAUUUCGAUACCCUUAUUUUCGAAGGAUCAUGCUCAAAAGGGCGGUAGUCGGGGCGAUCUCCAGACGAACAACUUCCCGGUGGCGCGGAAGUACCUUUUAGUGUUUAAAGGAAAGCGCUAUUUGUCUGGCAUCGGUUCGAGGUGCGAACAAGACAAUGCUGAGUUCGAUCGGUAUGACUUUCAUAUCCUACUGCACAACUCAACAUUUUGUUUGGUGCCGCGAGGAAGGCGAUUGGGCUCAUUUCGUUUCUUGGAGUCUUUGCAAGCUGCUUGCAUUCCGGUUCUGCUUAGCAAUGGUUGGGAACUGCCGUUUUCAGAGGUGAUAGAUUGGAAUAGGGCAUCUAUUAUUGGUGACGAGAGGUUACUUUUACAGAUUCCUUCAAUAGUUAGAACUGUAAGCAAUGAUGAGAUUCUGUCUCUAAGGCAACAGACUCAGUUUCUGUGGGAGACUUAUUUCUCUUCAGUUGAUAAAAUUGUGAUGACCACUCUAGAGAUCAUCCAAGAAAGAGUACACAAACAUAACGCAAGAAAUAACUUUGUUUGGAAUCAGCCGCCUGGCGCGUUGAUUAUGAUGCCAGAUUAUUCUGAUAGUCUUUCGUCUUUUCCAUUCUUUACAUUAUCCCUUGGUUUCAAACCAAGUACGACAUUUACAGCUGUUAUAUUAGCCACAUCUCCUAUUUUAAUACAGACGUCGCCUAUCGCUAAAUUGAUCCGAAAUGUUGCUAAGUCUGCUUAUGUAUCACAUAUAUUGGUGCUAUGGAAUGUUGAUCGGCCGUUGCCUUCUAAAAGUAAAUGGCCUAGUACAGAUAAUGUGCCUCUUACAAUAAUAGAGCCAGAAAAAAAGACAAUCAGCAGUAGGUUUAUUGCACACAGUCAAAUUUUGACUGAUGCAGUUCUAAGUUUAGACGAAGAUGCAAUUUUGACAACAGAUGAGGUGGAUUUUGCAUUUUCAGUCUGGCAAUUUUUCCCUGAUAGAUUGGUUGGUUAUCCAUCAAGAAGUCAUUUCUGGAAUGAAGUAAAAUCUAAAUGGGGUUAUACAUCCAAGUGGACCAAUGAUUAUUCAAUGGUUCUAACAGGGGCAGCUUUUUAUCAUAGAUAUUACUCGUAUCUGUUCAGCGAAUAUCUACCAGCAAAGUUAAGAAAUCGUGUGGAUGAUCUCAACAACUGUGAAGACAUUCUUAUGAACUUUCUGGUGUCACACGUCACCAAACUCCCACCAAUUAAAGUCACCCAAAAGAAGCAGUACAAGGAAACCAUGCAACCAACAACCAGUAGUGGGAAGGCGACGUCCGAUUGGCUGGAGCCGCAGCACUUCGCUGAUCGACAGUUGUGCAUGAAUGAGUUUGCCAGUAACUUUGGUUACAUGCCACUGGUGCGAUCACAGAUGAGACUGGACCCUGUUCUCUAUAAAGACUCUGUUUCAAAUUUCAGGAAAAAAUAUAAACAAAUCGAAUUGGUGGAUGCCAAACUACGGCCGUCAUGAUGAACGUAGUUACUUCUAGCUUUAGUGUAGAUAUCUUAACAAAUUAUGCGCAAGAGUGAGUGAAUGUGAAUGAAUGAGAGAUUAUUUUUGUCAAACAGAAUGGUAAGUUAGUUAAUUAAUAUUAUUGUUGCCGUUACCAUGGCGUUGUUUAUACUCAAACCGAUCACGAGAAAAAGAGAUGUGUGCCUAUUUUGAUACAGUCAGAAUGUUUAUGACAUUUCUGAAAUACAAGCAUUAUAUGUUAUUUUAUAUUUUAAAUGUGGAGUCCAGGUUCACUUGAGAAAAAGUCCAUAUGCAAAUCCUAUCCAAAUAUGGCCAAAUUGUCGAUGUGAAAGGAACUUUCUUAAUAAUUGUUUCAAUGUGUACAGUAAUUUGAUAUAAUCAUCAGUCUCCCACGUCUUCCAUAUAUGGCAAUAUGCUAAUUUUUUUCCUGUCAUAUGAUUUAGCCCAGCACCCAGUAGAAUUCAUUGUAAUAUAUCAGACAUGUUUUGCUUCAAUUGUUGGUAAUUUUAUUUUAACAGGCCUCUGUUCUUUGAGGUGAUUGGUUGUUCCAAUUUUGGUAGGAUCCAUUUUUAUUGAGGGGGAUAGGUUUAGAUAUGUCCAGGUAGAAGGAAUAUUUUAGUAUGGUGUUAUUCGACUAACAUGGCAAUUCUGUCAUAGAAAAGAAGAAUUUAAUUUCUGCAGAACCAGUGUGGCUUUCGAUUUUUUACAACCGACACAAACGACAAGUGUUGGAGCUUACGUUAUCUGAAACUACAAACUGCCUCACAAUUGGCAGUUGCUGUUCCCUCCCCAGGGGGGUCAAAAGGUCAUCAUAAUGCCAACAUUUGCUAAAGGACAAAUGGUUAAAUAUUUUCGUAUAAUCUUUUUAAAAAAAAAUAACAUUAAAAAAAAUAUGUUUUUUUGCUUUGCUCGUAGCGAAUUUGGGGCCACUAAAAUUAUACUUAUUACGCAGUUUUUGUUUGCCCUGGGAAAGGGGACAAAGUUACCAGUCUAUGACAGGGAAAGCUUGUGUGUAUUUAGUGGUGUAGAGAGAGAGAGAGAGAGAGAUAGAGUGAAGUGUAGCAUUACCAGUUCCACUUCAUAAUUUUGGAAAGUAGUGUAGUAUUACCACCCAACAGAUUCAUUCCAAAAAAUAAAAGAAUAUUAUUACCGUGGGAUGGCCACAUGGUGCUAAACAUACUGACAACUCCUGGAGAUGAACAGGGCUAAUAUGAAAUGAUUGUGGACUAGUACUUAAAAGCCUGUAAUUAUUUUUUUCUACGGUAUGAUGCUAAUUUGUGGAUAUUUCAAGAGAGGUUGUAUAGUAAAUUCAAGGUUCUGAUAAAAAUAUGAUAUUCUAAAUCAGUUAAAUAGUAGAAACAUUUGUGCCUUUAUUUUCCAUUGUUGAAAUGUUCAAAAUAUGGUUCUCCAUGCCAGGGGAUCUAAUGUACAGUUUGUUUGAAUGUUUUCUUUUUGCUCUACAAUGUUGCCCUCUAGCGGUGGCUGGUACAAAUGCUUUUGUUUUUAAUUCACAUUUCUUUGCAGACAUCUUUUAUUUCCACCUUGAAAGGAGGGGGGGAUGAUGAUUAUGUAUUUUACAAAAAAAUAAAUUUUAGUGAUUUUUUCUAGUAUCAUGUGUAUCCAAUUUUUUACAAUGAAGUUUUGUUUUCAUGCAGUGAUGCAUUUUUACAAUUUUCAUACAAUCUAAAUAAAAGUUGACGGCAGUUUUUUGCUGUCACUGUUAUGAUACUAAUGUGGUCUGUUAUAAAGGCGUAACAUUUACAAAUGAAAAACAGACUGAAAGCAUUUUUACUAUAGUUCCAUUUUAUGGAAUGCAUUGACUAGGCACCGCGGAAUGGUUUUAUAUGGUUUGGAACAUUGAUGUAGAUGCUGUUUUUUUGGUAUUUUUAUUUUGGUUGCGUUUACAUGUCAACAUACAGCCUGGGUUAACAAUGUAAAAACUUCUAUUUAUUUGCUUAUUUUUUUUUUUGAAAUGUUGUAUAGUGUCGAGAUGACUGGCAAUAAAUCUAAAUAAAUUGAAGCUAAA